AUGUUAAUCACCUCACAGAAUAGUUACCUUUUUGUGUGCAUGCGUGGGAUAAGAAAACUGAACUCUAUCCCCUGUGACUGCAGAGUGGCUAUUCCAGCUGCUCCAGGCUCCAGCAGAGGAAGACCGGGGCAGGUGACACCACCAGGGGGGCCCUCAGGCAUGGCGCGCACGCAUUCCAGAGGCCACCCAGACCAUGCUCCGCCUCCUGGCCACCCAAGCUGCAGUCUCCCUCUGUGUGCAGGCAGCAGCUGCCUGGCAACCCCCGAGCCCGCUCGCACUCCCAGCCUCGCAGAACCAGGGCCUGGUGUACCAGUGGCUGUGGUCAAGCCAUGCAUUCUGCCCGGCGGCGGCUGCACAGGAUCGAGAACUGAGAAACCGCCACUCAGCCCCACACGGGGUGACUGCCGAGUGCCCAUGGCAGCGGCCCCGAUCUCCCUCAGGUGGAGGAGUGGUUGGCAGGCACGGCCUGGGGGCCCUCAGGCUUGGCACGCUGGAGAUCCCGAGGCCGACCAGGCCAUGCACCUCCACCCCGCCUGGGCACCCAAGCUGCAGCCGACUUCUGUGUGCAGGCAGCAGCCUCCAGGCAUCUCCCGAGCCCGCCCGCACUCCCCACAUCUCGGAAACAGGACCAGAUUUUCCUGUGGCUGCGUCCAAGCCAGGCGGUCUGCCCUGCAGCAGCUGCACGAGGGCAGGAAGCGGCCCUCAGUCCCAUCUCCGGUGGCUGCAGAGGGCCCCUGA